UCUAUUUUACGCGCCAAUUCGUUGGGAUAUCCGUUGCGUAGAUUCCAUUUUCAACUGGACUUCCGUUGUAUUUCCCUAUUACCUCGCUUAGCUUCCAAUGGUGAAUCUAGAAUGUUGUAGACAAUCUCUAUCUUCCUCUUCCUUCAAUUCUGGUAUGGAGAGGCUGCACAGGGUUAUAUUUCCACACCAUAUGUUGUUGUUGUUGUUGGGACUUUUUUGGUGGAUAGGAGACAGUAGAUGGCCUUGAUUAGCGAAUUAAACGCAAUGGAGACUCUGCCUGACCUCUAUCCCCUGACAAGUUUGCAAAUUGGGGAUAUACAGUCUUAUAUUUCACGGGCAUUUUUAUAUUUUGCCCCCAGUAGUCACAAGUUUCUCAUUUUAGUUGAUAACCAGCCAUGGGUUAUGAGCAAGCACUCAAGAUCAACACGCAUAUGGCAUAUAAUUGUCACGAAGUACAGAAUGUCUCCUUUUACAAAUACAAGGACCCUUAACCGAAUUCGAAGUUUAACAAACAAAGCCUGCAGCAUUAUGUCCCCCAGACAUAAAAAGAAGAUGCUCUACAGAUGGCCCUCUGUCAUAAAUGUGGCACGGUGGCCAGAGAAGUCACUGGUCAACUUGAUGAAUUCAUGUAAAAAUCUGCAUGGUUUCUUUGUGUUUGAAGUAGCAUGGAAGGAUGUCCGUGGUAUCAACUAUUUUAAUGAGCUUCAGACAGACACAUCCCUUGCUUUAGAAGUGAAAUCGAUGAGAAAGUGGGAGUUCAACAGCAUCAACCAUGCCCUGAGUUGUAUAUCAUUAUGGUUCUCAGGCACGCCAUCAGAGAUGAAAUCACUCCAUAGCAAUCUAAACGACUUGUUUGAUGAAGAACCCCACUCUGGUUGCUGUCAGGAAUUCUCUGUUGCUCCUAAACAAAUACUCUUCAAUUGUGCAUCCUCAUUUGAUGUUCUUUCUGAUGAUGUAUUUUUUGAUGUUGGCGAAUGUCAAGUUGAAGAAGAUAAUAACUCUGAUUGUAGUGCUUCAAGUGAGGACCAAGGAAGCCUGAAUGGAGGACUUAGUAAGGAUCAACAGGUGGAGGAUUGCAGUGAUGAAAACAAAGGUACAGGAAUGAAGGUGGAAUUUGAUGUUGCAUCUACAGUAUACAGGGAUAAUUUACUUUUGCUCCGGUUCAGUAACAGAGACCUUCCAUUCAAACUGAGGCAAAUAAUCACAUCUGAUUUGAGACUUCUUACUUUGCUCGAGUCGGGGCUCCCAGCAUGGGUUAUCUUCUUACAAUCCUAUCCAUUAUUCUGCCAGUUCUACCGCCCAUGGAUGCGGCCUUUGGUGAGAACUCUCUAUAUCUUAAUUUCACUCAUAACUGUGAUCAUUGGCUUUUAUGAUCUCUACAAGAACAUACCCAUCUUGAAGGAAACUUUAUCCCACCUCUGUGGACCCCUCUUUAAGUGGGUAGAAGCCUGGGAUAUGAUAUCUAGGAUUAGGUAUCUGGGGACAAUGUUGUUUCUUCAAAACUUUGAGAAGGCCGUUAAGUGGUUUCUUGUGAUGGUGCGGACAAUCAGAGUACUAGUCUCACUGCUCAUGAAACCCUUGAUGAACGCACUUAUGGAGAUCAUUGAGUUCAUGUCACCGGCAUGGAGUAUAGGAGCGCCAUUGUGUUCUACAGUAUGGGAAAUGCUGCAGUCCUGGUACAGCAUAAUCGUUGAUUUGGUCAAGGUUCUGCUGUCCCCAUUCGGGCUUCUUUAUUCAUUUAUAUUGACCAUAGUUACAUCAGUUUAUCCAGUCAUUAAUUCCAUCUGGGAACUAUUGCUUGCUCCAAUUCGGCUAAGUCUCACAGUGGCCAAUUACGUGGCUUUUUUGUCCUCUAAUCUUUAUGACUUUCUCAAAGGAUUUUUGACUUCUUCUAGUAGCCUGGCUCAGCUUACAAAAUUUUCUUGGUCAAAGCCUAAUUCGUCUGAGAUCUCAGUUUGGCAUGGUCUUUGGAAGGAUCUCAUCUCAAAGGUCUUUCGAGCCCUUCGAAGUGUUAUCUAUGGUCUUGUUGCUUUCUUCACAGCAUGUAACCGCCAUAGGCUAAGCAUAUACAACCACAUGAGAGUAUUUUUAUUGCAACUCUCUCGCCUUCUUCGAUUAGGGCAUUAUGAUUGUCAUUGUCAGAAAAAACUGGAAGACGAAUACCUACUUGCGGAUCACUCCAAAGAAUGCAACCGUUGCAAAUAAGUGGAUACAUAAACCUUGAAUGUUAGACUAGAUGGGAAAGAUUAGAACACUUGACCAAUGGCAGUGAUGUGUUCCAGUAAUAUAAUUACUUGUUCUUGUAUAUUCUGCACAGAUUACUUGUUCUUGUAUAUUCUGUACAGAAUUAUCCAAGGUUCUAUCUAGUCUUAUAGAUCAGAAAUUUUGAC